AUGUCCAAGGGUCCGCUGGAGCUCCUCGGAGCUUCGGACUGCAUGUGCUCCUACGGGAUGAAGCUCACCUGGGACAUCAAUGACCCUACACUGCCGCAGGAGCCCAAGCAAUUUGAUGGCUUUCAGGAGUGGCCAGAUGGCUAUGUGCGAUUUAUCUACUCUGCCGAGGAGAAGAAUGCACAGCGUCACCUCAGUGGAUGGGCCAUGCGCAACACCAACAACCACAACUGCCAGAUCCUUAAGAAGUCCUGUCUUGGAGUGGUGGUUUGUGCCAGGAACUGCACACUACCGGAUGGUACCAGGCUACAGCUCCGACCUGCUAUCUGUGACAAGGCCCGCCAGAAGCAACAAAAGAAAGCCUGUCCAAACUGUAACUCAGCCCUAGAGUUAAUUCCUUGUCGGGGACACAGUGGCUAUCCAGUCACUAACUUUUGGAGGCUUGAUGGCAAGGUGAUAUUUUUCCAGGCAAAAGGAGUCCAUGACCACCCUAGACCAGAGAGUAAAUCAGAGACAGAGGCGAGAAGAAGUGCCAUCAAGAAGCAAGUGUCCUCUUCUCACCUUUCCCAGAAAAAGAGGCUUAUGAACUCAGAGACAAGAAGGUACCAUGACAGCAAUGGUCAUUUCAACAACAUUCCUCAUUUGUCAUUCAUGGAAGGCCCAGAAAAAUUCAGUAUCAUUACAGACACCAGCUUCCCAAUUCCAGCACAGCCUUAUCCUGCAUUUCAAAAUACAGAUUCUUGCAAAGCUUCUUGUGACUUGGCCAGCAUCCAAGGGGUUGCGGCAUCAUCAUUCCAAAAGUGUUCCAAUCCAAGACACUUUCUGCCUAGGUCAGGGGGCUAUGAAUUUGGAGCUCCUAGUUACAUAAAUUCUAGCUCAUAUCCAACAUUUUACAAAGAUUUUGCAAACACCCCAGUGGAUACAAACUCCCUUAAUUUGACUGGGCUUCAGUGUAAUGGUAAUUCAUUGAAUGCCCAUGAUAAAAACUUUGAUAGUGGAUAUCAUGGGCUGAAACAGUUUUGGGGGAAAAGUGGUUACGGAGACAGGAAUGACUAUGGACAGAUUCAAGCAAACACCAAUCCCUCUUACUGCAAUGGGGAUUAUACUUGCAGAUAUGGUAGCAAUCCCUCUCCAGUAGCCCCAGCUUUACAAACAGUUAUCACAACAACUACUAAAGUAUCCUACCAGGCUUACAAGCCCUCAGUGGUGAAGUACAGUGACAACAUAUGUGAUGUAAAAAAUCCUCCAAUCUGUACCCAUACAGCAGACCAUCUCUCAGGAACUGUUUAUCCAGGCAUAAAGAUUCAAGAAGACUGUGGUGUGGUCAAACCAGCUUUGCUUUACCAGCAUGAUGCAGUUCCCACAAAGUCAAAACAAGUGGAGACUGUGAAUACAUAUCCAUACGGGCCAAACCAUGGAAACAGCUGCUCUCAGCAUGAAGAACAAUCAUUCAUAUUUGCAAGUGAUGGAUACUAAAUGCCAUGUGUUUUAAUUAGGGCUGUCAAGCAAUUAAAAAAUGUAAUCCUGAUUAAUCACAUGAA